ACUCUACUUUUUUUUUUUUUUUUUGAAAAGAACUAAUUACUCUACUUAAUUUAGUAGUAGUUUUCUUUUUAUAGAUAUUCUAGUUCUGUUAUUCUUUCCUUUUCUGGGUGUAGUUCUUCAUUGUUUCUAUUCGCUCGGAAAACGGCGCUUCUUCUUUUGCCAUAUAACCAGCAGAGAGUCAAAUAGCAAUUCCUCUCCCUCUGUUCAUUUUUCAGAAAUCCCGGGGGUCUGGUAUUCGUCUUCUUUUCAUCAUCAAUGGAAGAUUUUGCCAAUCAACGCUUGGAUUUUGGAAAGAUGGGAUUUGGAUGUCAGCAUUACAGAAGAAGAUGUAAGAUUAGAGCUCCUUGUUGUAAUGAGAUCUUUGAUUGUCGUCACUGUCACAAUGAGUCAACUAGUAAUUUGGAAAGGCACAGUGACAGACAUGAAUUAGUUCGACAUGAGGUUCAGAAAGUUAUAUGUACAGUUUGUGACACGGAACAACAGGUUGCUCGAGUAUGUACGAAUUGUGGAGUUAAUAUGGGAGAGUACUUCUGUGAAAUCUGCAAAUUCUAUGAUGAUGAUACAGAUAAAGGACAAUUCCACUGCAAUGCUUGUGGGAUCUGCAGAGUAGGCGGUCGCGAGAAUUUCUUUCAUUGUCUCAAGUGUGGAUCUUGCUAUUCAGUUGGUCUGCGUGAUAAUCACUUGUGUGUGGAGAACUCAAUGGGCCACCACUGUCCCAUCUGUUAUGAGUACCUGUUUGACUCUCUAAAAGAUACGACUGUUCUGAAAUGCGGGCACACACUGCAUUUAGAUUGCCUCAAUGAGAUGAAAAGGCAUAAUCAAUAUUGCUGCCCAAUAUGCUCUAAAUCAGUCUUUGAUAUGUCCAAAGCCUGGAAAAGAAUAGAUGAAGAGGUUGAAGCGACCGUAAUGCCCGAGGAUUAUCGAGACAAGAAGGUCUGGAUCUUGUGUAACGACUGCAAUGACACUACAGAAGUCCCUUUUCACAUAAUUGGGCAGAAAUGCGCUCAUUGCAGAUCUUAUAAUACCCGUACAAUAGCCCCGCCAAUUCUUCCUGAUUCCUGAGAAAGACCACCCGGUGAAUCUUGGGUCCAUGUUUUGCUCAAUUCAUAUUGUUGUACGCGCCUUGCCCAUAGAAGAGUUCUGGUGUUCCAUAUUCGUCUAAUUUCUCAUUAGAUCUUUUAAUAUAAUCUGUACUACUAUUACUACCUUGUAUUACUAUUUACGAUUUCUAGGCUAUUAUUUUUCCCUCCAAAACGGAGUUAUAGCAGUUCGUAUUAGCUGUUUAAACAGCAAUUUCUUGUUGGUUUCUUCUGUUGUUGUAAAACAUAACUGUGUGGGCAUUUUAUAAACAUACAUGACUGUGAGUCUGUGACUCGAAUAAUUUCUUC